UCCAUCAUCACCCGCGGAAGUUUGUAGAGAGAAUCAGAGUAUUGUCAGUUAUUUAAAAAAAUACAUUUUCCGGCACGAAUUCUGUCGUUCCGCGUGUUGCCUCGAGAAAUGAGACAAAAAAGAAAAUGAAUUUUUAAAGGAUGAAUUUUGCGUCGAGAACAACAACGCUCGCAUGAAGUGCUAGCACCUUACAGCUAAUAGUAUUGUGUAGCUCGUUGUUAAUUUAGUUUAUUUUUUAUCGGUCAACUUGAUAAACAGCCUAGGAAAACUAUUUUAGCUGAAGCUUAGCAGCUGGCCUGCUUUUAUGAUAAAUGUCAUUUACUGUCAUCUUCACACGGCAAGGACUGUAUCAAAACAGAGGUUCAUCAUGCUGGGAGAGUGUGGCAUGAAAGAAUGGGAGCGACGAGUGCUCAGGCAGAACUCUGUCACAAUUCUGCAGGACUUAGUGGUGGAUGAUCUGCUGAUCCAGUGUCUACAACAAGAUGGAAUUCUUACCGAAAACAUGGCAGAAACCAUUAUGGCUAAACCGACAUCCCAGGGCAAGAGUCGUCAUUUGUUGUUUCUUUUGCCUAAACGUGGCCCUCAAGCUUUUAGCAGCUUCUGUGCUGCUCUUACAGCGACAGAGCAACAGCACCUCAGCAGACUGCUCAUGGACUUCACAGAGAAAGACAAAAGCUUUUCAGAGCCCUCACUGUCUCGUCCAACUCAGGAAUGUGUUAUACCUGUGAAAAGAGCCCGGACUCAUGAGUCCAUGGAGAUGUGUUUGGAUGCCGACUCUCCCGUGACCACAGCUGUUGUUCCCUGUAUGCCGGAAUUUUACCAGUCCCAUAGAUCACAGGCGUACCCGAUGCGCUCCUGUCCGCGAGGGCUGGCCCUGGUGCUGAGUAACGUGAGGUUUGACUCCGCUAACACUGAUUUAGAUGUCCGGAGGGGAGGAGAGGUGGAUGAGGAGACGCUGAGGAGACUCUUUAUGGAGCUGGAUUUCACAGUCAGCCUGCACAAAGACCUAACGGCGGAGGCAAUGCGCAGGUGCCUAGAACAGUUUGCCCAGCGGCAGGAGCAUGCAGAGUAUGACUGCACUGUUGUGUGUUUACUGUCACAUGGAGUUGAGGGAUCUGUCUACGGCACUGAUGGACAGCUGCUGGAGUUGGACUGGGUGUUUGAGGUUUUUGAUAACGCCCGCUGCCCUCUGCUCCAGAAUAAGCCAAAGAUGUUCUUCAUUCAGGCUUGUCGAGGAGAGGAGAUGGACAACGGCGUGGACCAGUUGGAUGGGCAGGAACGGACUCAAUCUCCAGGCUGUGAACAGAGGGAUGCUGGCAGAGAGGGGGAGAGAGACGACAAAGAGAGGGAGGAGAAAGACAGGGAGAGACUGAGAGUCAAACUGCCCCAGAGAUCCGACAUGAUCUGCGGCUUUGCCACCCUCAAAGGUUUCAGCACUGCUGCAAUGAGAAACACCAAGAAAGGGUCCUGGUUCAUUCAGGAACUGAACACCACAAUCAGACAGAGAGCCAACGACACACACCUGGCAGACAUACUUGUGCAGGUGAAUGGUCGAAUUAAAAGCAGAGAGGGAUACGCACCUGGUUCAGCCCAUCAUCGCUGUAAAGAGAUGUCAGAGUUCACCAGUUCCCUCUGUAAAGACCUCUACCUCUUCCCUAAGUACUACCCCAACAACUAGACACACACACACACAAACACACACACACACACACACACACACUCUCCCCAGGCACGAAGCACACACAGAACACACUGCCCUCAAAACUGAUUUUGAUGCAGUAGCGGGAGCUUAGCGCACGUGUGUGUGUACAUCCAUCACCUGCUGCAAGCUCAGCACACAACACACAGAGUCAUGUAAAUCUACUUACACCCAUUCCAUGUGUCAUCUGUUUCACAUCCCUCAGCACAAUGACAGAUUCAUAGGAUGCGUGUGUUAUUUACAGUGGAUUUGCCAAGAUAGAUCAGAUUUUUUAAAACUUCUUGGGUGCACUUAGAAAAUGCAUUAUCACAAACAUUCUCCAUUUAUUCUUUAUUUUUUUGCCUUGCUCUUAACUUUUU